UUAUCUCUCCAGUAUAAGAGCAGCAGCGGUGGUCCGCUCCCUCUGUGCAGGAGUCUCUUGUGUCCAGCCCUCUGCUCUGCUCUCUCACACACACCAUCAUCAUCACCAUGGCCCCCAAGAAGGUGGAACCCAAGAAAGUGGAACCCAAGAAGGCAGAACCCAAGAAAGAGGAGCCCGCGGCGGCGGCCCCCGCACCUCCUCCUCCGGAGCCUCCCAAACCGGAGCAGCUGGACCUGAAGAGCACGCCGCUGGACUUCAGCCCGGACCAGAUCGACGAGUUCCGCGAGGCGUUCACGCUGUUCGACGAGACGCCCCUGGGCGAGAUGAAGAUCACGUACGCGCAGUGCGGCGACGUGAUGCGGGCGCUCGGGCACAACCCCACCAACGGCGAGGUGCUGACGGUGCUGGGCAAACCCAAGCCCGAGGAGAUGCACACUAAGCUCCUGGACUUCGAGACGUUCCUGCCCAUGCUGCAGCACGUGUCACGCGCCAAGGACCAGGGCUCCUUCGAGGACUUCGUGGAGGGACUGCGCGUCUUCGACAAGGAGGGCAACGGCACGGUGAUGGGCGCCGAGCUGCGGCACGUGCUGGCCACGCUGGGCGAGAGGAUGACGGAGGACGAGGUGGACCGGCUCAUGGUGGGGCAGGAGGACACCAACGGCUGCAUCAACUACACGUCCUUCGUCAAGCACGUCCUCGCCGUCUGAGCACCGACACCGACA